CACGGACCAGUCUUCCUCCGCCUGCUUUGCACACCGAGCAUUCUUUCAGUUUUUUUCCUGCAGACGAAACACCGAAAAUCCUAAAAGUUGCAUGUCCACGAUACCCUGUAGCUUACUAACUAAGCGUACAUUUUUGAAGCUGGAGUUGUCUUCGAUGUGCAAGUACACCGCCUAGCAUUCACUUACUUUCCGUUUACAAGUCACUGGAUAGUAAAAAAUGGCACAGGAAGAAGUGUUGUCUGUCUUCCAGUCUCUGUAUCCAGACGAAACUUCGAGUUGAAGUCUGAAUUGCGUUCUCUACUCUGCAUCCGCUGAAGCACCACUCAAGGUUUUUUGUUAGCCGGUCCGCUGCCGUGCCAGAUUCAUGAUGAACGAAAGGUGCAAUAAACGCAAUUCCCCUGUGUAGACUCAACUGCAGAGUUUCGUUGCAUACGCGGUACGAGCACUGGAAUGGGCGGCCGACGAACGCCCUGCAAAAACACGAGGUGUUGCUACUGGCAAACACAGAGAAUUUCGAGGCACUGGCGCGAGAAGUGAUCAGCGAGCUCCUGGCGCUGGAACCCAGCACCGCGCCAACCUUCGCGCCGUCCGUUACGGAUUUCAUCCGGGACCGGGGCUACCUCGGCAGCAGCAGCAGCAGUUCUUCCUCCUCGUCAUCCUCCCCAAACAACGAGGCCUUGCUGCACGCACUGCUCGUGGACCUGCAGUGCGCCCGCCUCGAAGCGGGGGCCGCGCUCCGGUCGAGCGUGGACCUGGCCGACGUGGAGCACGCGCCCGCGGUGCAGCAAAUCGCCACGCAGGUGCAGGACAUUGCCACGCACCUGGCGCUCCCGCCCGGCUCCGUCGCGAGCCAGUUGGAGGAGCUGCGGACCCGACCGCUGCCGCCGCCUUCGCCCAACUUGCUGAUGCCGGCCUGGAACUUGGGCAUGGCCGAAACCACCCGGCUGCUGCAAGUCAUGGACGACUUGAAUAAUGAGUACAUUCAGCUUUGAUUUCGUUAACAAAGCGGUGAGAUGCGAACAUUGCAAAUGGCUGUUGUAGUACAGGAAAAAAGAUGCCUGUUGUUCUUUUCAAGGAAAUGUCAUUCCGGUUGUCAUGAUCCGUUGAAAUUAUACUGACCGAAUACACCGAUUGUACUCUGCUUAAACUUAGUGAAAAAACUACCACUGCGCCGGCUGCAGGUACAAGGUCCGCCGGUCGGUUUUAUCGCGAAGGCUGGAUGUCACCAUUCAAGCGUUUCUGCGGUCACAUUCCGUGGAGAAGAACCAGGCGGAGAUCAACCAAGUGAUUGCUAGCUGUUUAUCACCAGCGAACUCGUCUUAGCAUUGGACUCCUAUAGAAAUUGCGGGACGACAUGAUUUAUUUACUUAUCGUCUGUUUCAUACUGAAACAUACAUGACUAAAGUGCAACUUCUUGACAGCAAAUUGUUUGAAAAUUCGUUACUCACUAUCUCUCCAUGAUGCUGUGCGCUCCUGCAUGACGAUUUGGUUUCAUUUAAGUCUUAGGGCGAUGUUCGUUGUGGAUAACGGCGAUGGAAAAACGACACGCGGCAGGUCGGAAUGUGGCAUUUGUUGCAGGCCGACGGGGCUAUAUUUGACACGGACAAGGUGCAGUAUUUUUGCUUUCAUUUAGCAACGGCUUUUGACUUGUACUCUCAGUUUCAUCUCACGACGCACGUUCCUAUAGCACUGGAUCGAACACAGGCCGGUCUUGGACUGGAUGUAAGCCGGAGCAAGACCUUCCAUUUUCUUUCCGCUACUUGCUGAAACACAGAUAAGCAGCCGGUACGCGGUGCAGUCGGUGGUGAAGAGCAUCCUAAUCGGACACGUGCCGGAUCGUGGCGGGGUUCCCGAGGGCUACACGGUGGAAGACAUCGGCAAGGAUGUGACGAAGGCCAAUGUGUAUCAAAUGUAAAAAUGUCUGGGUCUGGAAGAAUGCAACUCGUCAUGCUAAAUCUGACUAAGGCAAAAAACUGUGUUGCAUGAUUGCCAAAGGUUGUGCACUUUUGACCUAAUCGAGAGGCAGUUUCUCAUGCAGGAUAGGCAUUGGAAAGGCUUCGCACAAUCUGUCAUGCUAUGUCCUACAUACCAGACCUCAUGGGUUAUGGAAAACCUGCAUGACAAACCUGGCAAUCUUCCAGACCCAGACACUUUUGCAAUCCAUAAUGUGAUGCUGUCGGCCAAGGACAUGCAGGGCGCCAAAGUGCAAACCACGGUGAAGCGGUGGACGGGCGCCGGAAUGGGCUCGGGGCUCGACCAGCCACUUGAGAGCGACCGCGGCCGGGCAAAGGACAAGGGUGCUAAGGGGAACAAGGG